AUGGCCUCUCAUCGCAAUCGGUCCAGCUGCGCCGCAGCAGGCCUGGCUCUGCUCCUCGUGGCCAGCUUGGGUCAGGAAGUCUUUGUCAGCUUGGCCCUUGGCGGAUCUCGAAGCACCGCAAGGACGACGGCCCUCGCUGCAGAGGGCGAGUCGCAACGCCCUCCCUGGGAUGCCUUCCGCGCCUUGCGCACGGCCGCUUUCUUUGGAGCUCUCCCAAACCCUCUGGGCAUCUUCGAGCAGACCCCUGACAGUUCAGAGUCGGUUGUGCUGAGGGUCCUGUGGUCUGAAGAGAACCCGCUGGAUCUCGUCUGGGGCACGCUGGAUGAUGUGGUGAUGGGAGGUGCAUCAGAGUCUGCCCUACAAGGUACGACUUGGACAGGCACAAUUAUCACAGAAGGCGGAGGCUUUGCUGGCAUCCGGACUCAGCCCUUCAAGCCUGCUUUCGACGUGAGCGGCUGCUCCGGACUCCGCGUCCGGGUGAAAGGCGGCGACGGCCAGCGCUUCAAGCUUAUCAUCCGAGACUCUUACGACUGGAAUGGGAUUGCUUGGAGCUACGAGUUCGACACGCAGAGCCUCAUCCCCUCUCUUGACGGCAUAGUGGAGGCCAAUGCGCCUUUCAAAGACUUUGUUCCGACUCUUUUCGCCAGGACAGUUCCCGGCCAGACUUUUAACACCAAGCAGCUCACGGCUGUACAGCUAACUCUGAGCAAGUUUAGCUAUGAUGGGGCAUUGAACCCCAAUUUUCGAGAAGGAAGUUUCUCGCUGCAAGAUGGUCCGCUUGGGUCUGGACCGGGCGACUCUCUGCCAGCACAGGCACCACCCGGCUCACCCCCGAAGGGACCAGCAGCGAAGCCGGAGGUCAAGAAGCGAAAGAAAGGAGUCGAGGGGCUGGCGUCCAACAAAUCCAUCAAGACCGGCGGCGCUGUCACGGUCUACUCAGGGUAUGACGCCAUGACGAUUGCGCCGAAGGAGAAGCCAGCGGCGGAGAAGCCUGCGGCACCCACGCAAGUGACAGGGCCUGCGGCUGUCACGCAGGCGUUGCAACGACAGCUGCCGGAUGGCUGGGAGAUGCGCAAGUCUAGGAGCACCGGCAAAAUCUACUAUGUGAACGAGAAGCUGGGAAAGUCCCAGUUUGAACCCCCUGCUGGCUCCACAAUUGACAAGAAGGUGGACCCCAAAAAGAAGAAAGCUGCUACCAGAACUAAGGCCUCUUCCGCUGGAUUAAGGGCUUGUGAAGAGUUUUGGGGCCCUCUGGGAUUUCGAGAUGCCAUGGACACAGUGAAGAGACUGCAGCCUUCCGUGCGGGAGCUCUCCAGCAAGGAUCCGACGACUCGCAGUGAUGCCGCCAAAGACCUGGCUGUGAUCGUGAAAGAGCAUCACUUGUAUCCCAUCUCGUUGGUGCAACUGGAUGGCUUGAAGCCCCUCAUCAAGCUGGUGUCGGCGAAA